UGUCAAUAAAGUUGCGGCGGAUGGUGGCUUGCGGCGGACAAGAUGGCGGCGUCCGUGCUGAGCUCGCUGCUGCGGGCGAUGCGGCAGGUGGUUCCUUCAUCGGCUUCAGGCCAACUUCGAGGUUAUUAUGUCGACUGGAAAAUGGUACGUGAUCUGAAGAGACGAAAAACAGCCCAUGAAUAUGCAGAUGAGAGGCUACGAUUCAAUUCGCUCAGGAAGAAUACCAUUUUGCCAAAAGAUCUUCAGCAAGUGGCUGAUGAAGAAAUUGCCGCACUUCCCCGGGAUAGCUGUCCUGUAAGGAUCAGAAAUCGAUGUGUUAUGACAUCCCGUCCACGUGGUGUAAAGCGUCGCUGGAGGCUUAGUCGCAUAGUCUUCCGUCACUUAGCUGACCAUGGGCAACUUUCCGGAGUCCAGCGAGCAAUGUGGUAAAUCAUUUCUAGAACCUACUGAGCUUUCAGGGAAGCCAGUACUGCAAGAAGAGACUUUUGUAGUAGACAAGACCCUAGUUUUAUAUUGGGGUCCAGUAUAUUUUAUCUACCUGAUGCUUAUCUAUAGUUUCUUUUAAAUUUCAAGUGAAGAAACUGAGUAUUUCAUUGUCAGUGUAUUAUCUUUUUAAUAGAUCCUGUAUGUGAUAGAAGAGUAGAAUAAAUGUAUUUUGUGCAAAAAUA